UUGGUCGAGAGCUGCAGGCCGAUCAGUGCGCAUUUGUAGAUACAGCAGUUCACACAGCUCCGAUAACGAAAUCCCCAGCACACGUUCAAUUCUGUUCGCGACAAUGCAACUCUUCAGUCAGAUCAGUGCUUGGACAUGGGGCAUACUGCUUCUGCAGUCUUUGUCCUGGGUGAAAGGACGAGCCGGCUUGGGACCCGGCCAGCAGGACUGGGACUACGUUGAGGUGCGAAAGGGCGCCCACCUGUUCUACUGGCUGCACUAUACAACUGCCAAUGUAAGCGCAUUUACGGAGCGGCCCCUGGUGAUCUGGUUGCAGGGUGGACCCGGAGUAGCCUCCUCGGGCUGCGGAGUCUUCGAGCAACUCGGGGCCAUCGACAUCGAAGGCCGUCCGCGAGAGAGCAGCUGGGUGCAGCACAUGAAUGUGCUGUUCAUUGACAGUCCAGUGGGAACGGGCUUCAGCUACGUGGAGUCGCACGGUCGGUAUGCCAGGAACAACUCUCAGAUUGCCCGCGAUCUGGUCACUCUGAUGCAGAUGUUUCUCAGCAAGUAUCCGCAGUUUCAGCGCGUUCCGCUGCACAUCUUCUCGGAGAGCUACGGCGGAAAGAUGGCCCCGGAGUUUGCCCUCGAGCUGCACCUUGCCAAAGAGCGAGGUCAGGUGAAGUGUCGGCUGGACUCGGUGGCUGUGGGAAAUCCCUGGACCUCCCCACUGGACAGCAUACUGGCCUACGCUCCCUUCCUGCUGCAGCUGGGCAUUGUGGAUGAGGAUGGAUAUCGCAACAUAUCCCGGGUGGCCGCUCAGAUAGCCGGACUCGUGUACGACGAGAAGUGGAUACGAGCCCUCGAAACGGGUUCUACAAUACAGGAUGUUAUUGGUACCUACACAGACGGCGUCUUUCUGUACAACACGCAACGUAGGGUCCACCUCGAUGAGGUAUAUCGGUAUGGCGAGGAUCCGAAGAUGAGUGACUUCAUGCGUUCUAAUGUCACCAAGGCCCUGGGGCUCAGCCACAUGCCCGCUUGGAUGCUGCAGAAUGCGACGGUAUUCAUGCAUCUGGGCAGCGAAAUCUUUCGACCCGCGACUCACAUAGUGACACGAUUGCUGGAUGAGACAUCGAUCCGAGUGGGCGUUUAUUCAGGCAUUCUGGACCUACUCUGCGCCACCCCGGGCACCGUCAACUGGAUCAGCCGCAUGAGGUGGCGCCGAAAGGCUGAGUACGCCGGAUCUCCACGGAAAUCUUUUCGCAUCGAUGGCAUGCUCGAGGGAUACGAGAAGCACGGCGGUGGCUUUAGCAUGUUCUGGGUGUACCGUGCGGGGCAUCUGGUGCAGCAGGAGAACCCAGUGGCCAUGGCACACAUCUUGCGAUACUUCACCAACUUUGGAUGAUGUCGCGAAUGGCACUAACAUCGCGGUUGUACUUUGAAAGAACGUUUUUUGUAUUAUCAUUAAAAUAAUCCCAUUCAAAUAUAUCGAUCUGAGCGUGUUAACUU